AUGGCUUCUCCCGGCAUGAACAUCCCGCCGUCCAAAUAUCCCUUGACCAAAGAGGAGGAGCGGGUCUACAUAGUCAUGUGGUGCACGCUAAGAUGGGACUUGAUUUACAACGAGGACAAGAAAGCCAUCACAGCGCUUACCUCCAAGUACCCUGACAUCGCCAUCGCGACACAUUUCUCCGCCGGAAGCGUUUCUGGGAACUCUAGCGUCGCCCUGAGCCAGAUCAGUCAUCUACCGGACACCCCAUCUGGCUUGUCUCCAAACCGGAUGUGGGAGGCAUAUCACAAGACGGAAGAGAUGUGGAAGAAUGCUAGUACGCCAUGGUCAAGUCCGUCAGUGAAUGCCUUCAAUACUGACUCCCUCCUAGUUCAGGCACAACAGCAACAGCCCAAUGCAGGGCCUUCGGUCCCGCCCAAGAGUCUUCCUCUAACCCCGUCCUUCCCGCCUCAGCCGUAUCCUCUGCCGCCUGCUGCGAGUCCCUUUACUGCCCAGAGUUCCCUCUCCCCCGCUGGACCCUCGGUUGGACCUCCCGCUGGGCCUCCCCCGGGACCGCUGCCUGGAACCUCGAUGCCCUUUCCAACCCCAGUUCAGCCAAGACCGACACCGCCAGUAGUCCCUCAGCAGCAGCAACAACAAUUCACCCCCUCCUCAGCUUUCCUUCGCGAUCUAGCUCAGCGUCGUUCCUCAGCCAUGUCUAGACAAAAGACUGCAGCCGAAUCUUUCCGCGACUCGAUGCACAAGGCUGUUGAUGCCGAGACGGAGAUGGCCAAGUGCAUCGCCGAGAUUCACGAACUGGAUCGUCUGGAAAAGGAGGCCAAGGGUGGGCUAGUGGAGGAGUCCCCAAAGGAAAGGGCCAAGACAACUGCAUCCAAGAGACGGGAGAGGAAGAAGAAGGCGACAGAGAAGCAUGGCGCGCAUGACGAAGGAUAUUGA